CACACUCCUGGACAGUGAUGAGAUAGGAGGCGGGAACAGCUCAAGUUGCAUAACUAGGUGGAGAGGCAGGCUCAGCAUAAAAGGUCCUCUGGAGUGUGCAGUGAAGUCACCAGGGGCCAGACCAGGACCAUGGAGCCCAGUGUCCUGCUCCUCCUUGCUCUCCUCGUGGGCUUUGUACUGCUCCUGGUCAGGGGCCACCCAAAAGCCCGUGGCCACCUCCCACCAGGACCACGUCCACUGCCCCUCCUGGGAAACCUCCUGCAGAUGGACAGAAGAGGCCUCCUCAACUCCUUCAUGAAGCUUCGAGAAAAAUAUGGAGAUGUGUUCACAGUGCACCUGGGACCGAGGCCCGUAGUCAUGCUGUAUGGCACAGAGGCCAUAAGGGAGGCUCUGGUGGACCAAGCUGAGGCUUUCUCUGGCCGGGGGACAAUUGCUGUGGUUAGACCAGUCUUCAAGGACUAUGGUGUGAUCUUUGCCAAUGGGGAACGCUGGAAGACCCUUCGGCGAUUCUCUCUGGCCACCAUGAGAGACUUUGGAAUGGGAAAGCGGAGUGUGGAGGAGCGGAUUCAGGAGGAGGCCCAAUGUCUGGUUGAGGAACUUAGGAAAUCUCAGGGAGCCCCCGUGGACCCUACCUUCCUCUUCCAGUGCAUCACAGCUAACAUCAUCUGCUCCAUUGUUUUUGGAGAGCGCUUUGACUACAAAGACCGCCAGUUCCUGGGCCUGCUGGACCUGUUCUAUAGGUCCUUCUCUCUCAUCAGCUCAUUCUCCAGCCAGGUGUUUGAGCUCUUCUCUGGCUUCCUGAAGUACUUUCCUGGAGCCCACAGACAAAUCUCCAAAAACCUGCAGGAAGUCCUUGACUUCAUUGGCCAGAGUGUGGCGAAGCACAGGGCAACCUUGGAUCCCAGCAAUCCAAGAGACUUCAUCGAUACCUACCUUCUACGCAUGGAGAAGGAGAAGUCCAACCAACAGACAGAGUUCCAUCACGAGAACCUCAUGAUCUCCGUGCUGUCUCUCUUCUUUGCUGGCACCGAGACCAGCAGCACCACGCUCCGCUAUGGCUUCCUGCUCAUGCUCAAAUACCCUCAAGUUGCAGAGAAAGUGCAAAAGGAGAUCGAUCAGGUGAUUGGCUCACACCGACUCCCAACCCUGGAGGAUCGCACCAAAAUGCCUUACACUGAGGCUGUCAUCCACGAGAUUCAGAGAUUUUCAGAUCUAGUCCCGAUUGGUGUCCCGCACAAAGUCACCAAAGACACUUUGUUCCGAGGGUACCUGCUUCCCAAGAACACUGAAGUGUACCCCAUCCUGAGUUCAGCUCUCCAUGACCGACGGUACUUUGAACAACCAGACACCUUCAACCCUGACCACUUCCUGGAUGCCAAUGGGGCUCUGAAGAAAAAUGAAGCUUUUAUGCCCUUCUCUAUAGGAAAGCGCAUUUGUCUUGGCGAAGGCAUUGCCCGCAACGAAUUGUUCCUUUUCUUCACCACCAUCCUCCAGAACUUCUCCGUGUCGAGUCCCAUGGCUCCUAAGGACAUUGACCUCAAUCCCAAGGAGAGUGGCUUUGGCAAAGUGCCUCCAACAUACCAGGUCUGCUUCUUGGCCCGCUGAUUAGGCUGUGGUGGCCAGGUGACCUCAUUCCUGUUGAGAAUGGCCCCAUCUUUCUGCCUCUGAGAGACCUGCUGGAAACCAGGCCCUGGGUCACUGCUCACUUCAUAAGACCUCACUGCAGCUUCUGCAAAGCUGGAGGUGUGUUCUUCUGCCCUGUGAAUGGCACUGGAGAAAUCAAUCAGGUGCCUUUCUUGAUGUGUGGACAGAGAGAUUUGGAGGCCACAUCUCAUACUGAAUCACUCCCGAUAGCCAUAGUCCCCAUGUGUCAGCUCCUGUAGAUACAUGAUCUAUGCCAAUGGACUCUGUAUAUGAUCUGAAUACUGUAUUCUAUAGAUUCGCCUAAUAUGUAUGGCUCAUGUCAACAAAAUCACAUAGUGUGUGAUCUUUGGUGUCUGGUGUCUUUUACUUCACACAAUAUUUUCAAGGUCCCUGUGCAUUGCAGGCCACAGUCACAUACCUUCUUAGGCUUUUCUCUUGAUCUUUCUCAGCCAAAAGCCCAUUUACCUUCUUUCCUGUGUUUGCCAGCAAAAGGUGUGGUCCUGAUUUAGGCUGGGUCUUUCUGCCUCUAAGAAUCUGAUAAGAAAUCCCUCAGAGCAUGCUCAGCAGCUUGGGUUUUAGUUGAUGCCAGAUACAGUCAAGUCAACACUCAAGAGUAGCUGUCACAAGGUCCAGUCCCCUGAACUCUUGGAUACUUUUGCAUGAGGCCUCUUGGUUGUCUGGUAACUAAGGUUCUUCUCAGAAGGGCUUCUGGCUGCAAACUUGACCAUAUCCAGGCCAGGUUUGUGAAGGGACACCCUGUUUCCUUGUUCCCUGUGGCAUUGUGAGAACCUGGAACAGGAGGUGACUGAUGCCAGGUGUUAAAUAUGGUGGGAAAAUAAUCAAUAAGUAAAUAAACAACUCAACACUGUGACAAAAUGA